GACAGUGUUGAUGGUUCCAACAAAUUUGCUACGACAGGUAAACAUUUGUGAUGUCGUGCAAAUGUAUCAAUUACCGCCGUGCAUUAAAGGACAAUGUUGUGAUAAAGUUAACUGCGAAGCUUGACGGCCAAAAGUGGUAGCAAGAGUAAAGCGAACAAUUUGGCUAACAAGCAAAGCUAGCCUUCGCAUUACUUUCAGUCGGGAGCGAGCUAGCAAAAAGCUACUGCGGCGUCGCUCCACUGUACGCUUCCUGAAAGUUAAUUUCACGCCUAUGGAGCCGUGUUGUGUUUGAAUUGCACACCGUCGCCGAUGUCAGGACAACGGAAAAUAGUCCUCAUGGUGUCCCUAAUGUGGUGUCCACUAAGGAGAAUCACUCAGUGCCUCGUGCGCCGUAUAUCCCCUCUAGAUGGCGUAGGUCUCUCGUUGGCGUCACGAUGUCAAAGUCUCACAUGAUCUUUACACUCCUGCUGAUUCAACUGCCGUGUGUAUUUGGAGGCAAGAUAUUAGUGUUCCCUUUAGACGGGAGCCACUGGUUGAACAUGAAAGGAAUCAUCGAGGAACUUUACGCCAAAGGUCACGAGAUCUCGGUGGUGCGGCCGUCUGAUAGCUGGUACAUUACAGAAAAAUCUCCUCUUUACAACUCUGUCAACCUUCUUGGUCAGGAUGGGUUCAAGGAUCAUUUUGAAUCAUUUGUUUCUCUACAAUUGGAGACGAGGCUUCGGGGGAGGUCGCUGUCUCUUCUGCCUCGCAUUUGGAAUGCGAUACAGAAUCAGAUGCUGGUUGUUAGUCAGUUUUCUAGAUUCCACAAGUUGCAUUGUGAGACAAUAGUUGAGAUGUUUGAAAAUAAAACUCAGAUGCAGUCUUUUCAUAAUGCCAAGUACGACGUAGUGUUGACUGACCUCGGCAUCGGCGGAGGGGCACUGCUUGCACGUCAUCUCAACGUUCCCCUCGUCUACAAUGUCAGAUGGACCUUUCAAGGUGAAGCUCAUGACCUCAUUGCCCCGUCCCCUCUGUCAUACUCUCCCUUUCUCGCGGCUCGAUUGACAGAUAAGAUGACCUUCCGACAAAGAAUCAUUAAUGUUUUAGCUUAUAUCUUGGGUAGCGUUUCAACAUGGUACAUAUCAGAACCGCACUACAAACCAAUAGUUAAGCGCUACUUUGGUUCUGGUGUGGAUUACUCAACCUUUUUUUUGGAUGCUGAUAUAUGGCUUUUGAGAAAUAAUUUUAUCUUUGAAUUUCCACGUCCCACAAUGCCAAAUCUAGUCUACAUAAGUGGUUUUCAAUGCAAGCCUCCAAAGCAGCUGCCCGUGGACUUGGAGGAGUUUGUCCAGAGUUCUGGUGAUCACGGGGUUGUGAUGAUGACUUUGGGGACUCUUGUUGCAAAACUGCCACUGGAUGUCACUGAGGAAAUUGCUGCAGCCUUUGCCCAGCUGCCGCAGAAGGUUGUCUGGAGGUAUUUGGGACAAAAGCCUGCAAACUUGGGCAACAACACUUUACUGGUUGACUGGCUACCACAGAACGACCUCUUGGCUCAUCCUAAAACAAGAGUUUUUGUCACCCACGGAGGAAUCAACGGUGUUCAAGAAGCAAUUUACCAUGGGGUUCCGAUUGUAGGGCUUCCAUUAUUUUUUGAUCAACACGAUAAUCUCAACAAAAUCCAAGCAAAGGGAGGAGCAAUAAAUGUGGAUUUUGCUGCGCUUGACAGGCACAUUUUUGCAGAUGCACUCGUGACAGUGCUUCAGAACUCAUCGUACAGGGAAAACAUGCAAAGGCUCUCAAGACUGCAAAGGGAUCAGCCAAUGAAACCAAUGGACCAGGCGGUGUUUUGGAUUGAAUAUGUUAUAAGGCAUAAAGGAGCUGGUCAUUUGAAGGCACAAUCCAACAAAAUGUCCUCGAUUGUUUACCACUCGGUUGAUGUCAUUGUAGUUUUACUGACCAUAGUUUUGCUUGUAAUAUUCACCUGCCUUUACAUUUUAAGAGUCAUGUAUAGAACGUGUUUUGUUGGGAAAAAAGUGAAACACGAAUAAUUUAUUUUCAAAAAUGAUGGCAAGAAAAUCUCGUGUACAGUAUAUACAUGUUGGUCAAAAUGUGUUUUUUCUUUAAUUUCCAAAAAUGUUCACAUUUGAUUUCAUUCAGAGGUGAUGAUGGCAACAGUUUCCACUAUUUCCUACGGGAUGAAUUUUUGAUUCUAAAUGCAAAUAAAUUGGAUUGACUAGCAUU